GCGCAGAGCAGUCCCCACCCUGCCUGUCUGCACUGAUAACACGGAGCAGAGGAUCAACACAAACCUUCACCAUCACUCUUCAGCUUUAACCACAGAAGGAUUUGUUUACUUUUACUCUCUAUCCGGUUCUGCGUUUCUUCCCGUAACGUCGUUAAAUUGGCGAUACAAUGGUCGAUUAACGCCUUUUACGCACACCAUCGUUGCACGUUUAUUAAAUCCGAAGUGCUCCGCUGCAAAGUCAUUGUACUUUCAGCUAAAGUGAAUAUUUGUAAAGUUCAAUGCAAUAGGCUGCGAUGCUGUCAAAUAAAGAGAAAAUGCUCAUUGCAGAAAUAUGGGAAAGUCUGACUCCUGUGGCUGAGGAAAUUGGAGCAGAUGCGCUUCUCAGGAUGUUUGCCUGUUUCCCGGGAAGCAAGACCUACUUCUCCCACUUGGACAUCAGCCGUGGCUCGCCCCACCUGCUCUCUCACGGGAAGAAGAUCGUUCUGGCUCUCGCAGAGGGAUCCAAAGACAUCAGCCAGCUGACCGUCACCCUCACUCCUCUGCAGAUCAUGCACGCCUACCAGCUCCGGAUAGACCCCACCAACUUCAAGCUCUUGUCCCACUGUAUGCUCGUCGCCCUGUCCUGUCACAUGCGCGAUGACUUCACAGCGGUUGCACACGCAGCGAUGGACAAGUACCUGUCAGCUUUCGCAGCCGUGCUCUCCGAGAAAUACAGAUAAGACCCAGGCCCAGUCGUGUGUUUGUAGUAUAUAUAAAAACAUUUAUGAUGUUGUAUGAUGUGAUAUAUUUAUAUAUGUGUAGCUGUUUCAAUGCAAUAUUUUAUAAUAAUACAAAUGUGCAAUUAAAAUGGUCCCUGUUCUGUUGUAUGACGACAUAAAGUCCACGCACCAAAAAGUUGUUUUGAGUUAUUAUUUUACGUACACACAACAUAUAUGUGUAAUCCAACUAAAAAUACUUUUAAAUAUUUGUUGCAUCUCUUCGUACUAUACUAGCUUGAAUGGAAGCCAAGGGUGAUCUGAAACAAAAUGAAUUCAUGCAUUUACAAUAUUAUUUAGAAAACUAUAAAUUGACAUAUACUUGAACUUAAAAUGUGUAAGUUAUACCACAGUCCAGCAUACAAGACAGUACCUGAAUAGCAGCACACAUUUACUGUAUACUACAACGGAACCACCAUUAUGAUAAAAUGCUAUCCAAACAUUUAUUAGCAGAUACAAAAGUCCACUGAUUACAAAAAAUAUUAAAACAAUUAACUGAUUUCAAGUCUAUUUUUAAUCCAGACCAGUGGGUUGCGGUAAUGCAUUGAUGAGUUUAUAACUAUAACGAAUACAAAAUAGUAAGGAUGUAACGAUACCAAAAACUCACGGUACAAUAAUAUCGCGAGAA